GCCACCUGAACCUGGAUAGCCAACAAAAUUGGUUAGCUGAGUGGCUCGCGGGGCCGGUCACCCGUGGACGCCCCUACCAUAGCGGGCCACUCAUCGCGAUGCGGUCAGCUAUAAAAGCGGCCAUGGAGAGGCCAGGAUACAGCAAGUCAUCGCGUCGCUCCCCAGUCAUCCCCCGUUCAUCAUGGGACGCUUCGGGAACAUCAAUCCCUGUGUCGACCAGAUAUACACCCUCGCGGAAUACGCGCUCGCGGGCGAGACGUUCGACACCCUUCCUCCCGUGGCCAAGGAGCUCAUCUCCGCAAACGUCAAAGUGGAUCCUAAAUUCGCGGAUGAUCCACGCCGCGUCGUUGCGCAAAGAGUCGUCAUACAACGCCGGCUAUUCAAUGACCUACUCAACCUCGACGCCAGCAUCCGCGCACAGCGACACGAGGCACCAAUACAGCCGUUUCGCAUGGGAAGCUCCUUUUUGAGAUGGUGGCAAGGGGCCCUCCAUCAAAAGACGAUCCGUACGAUCAUGGAGGACGACCUGCGAAUGCGACACCAAUUAGUCCAUUCGUUCGUGGAAAGUUUCGACGCGCUCGUGUGGCUCGAGACAUGCAUUGCGGGCUCACCAGGAGAAGAGCUAGCUAUGAUACAGGCAUAUCGAGAUAAGCUCCUCAGGCCUAUAAUCAAGGCUGUCAAUCGCUCGCUUACGUACCUGGGCGAGUACAUCCUUGCCCCUUGGGGAGACGCGGCGAAGGACGGCCUCGAAGUGCUCUGGGACUCGCUCGAACCGGAUGGGCCGGCGCCGACGUAUGGAUCGUGGCGGUAGGCUUCACAGGGAUUGAUGAUCGAAUAGGACAUUUAGUAGCUACGUUUGUUGCAUUGUACUCACUACGCAUAACGAAGAUUGUAUGCUGCGGACGCUGAUAGACACCACCUCCUGAGCUCUUGCGGACCCCGGACUGUGAUAUCUGUGCAUGAGAUGCCAUGAGUUAUCCCUGCCGAGUACCAGCUGCAAAGUCUCAAAGGUACUAAUAGUAAGGGUUGAUGAGAGCGAGACUCGAGUUGAGGUUGUGCACGUGC